UCAAGUUUUAAAAACUUGCUUGGGGUCAAUCUGGUUUGGCUCAAAUUAAACCAUCCCCAUGCCCCUAUUAAAGAGAAAUAAAAAAUAAAAUAAAAAGUCCCAAGCUUGUAGGAUGAUACAGCCAAACCUAGACCUCUAAAGGCCAGAAGUUUGGCAUGUUUGGUCUGGUCUUGGCACCAGGUGCCGCAAGUGGGUGCAUGUGACAAUUACCAAACCAUUAGAAGAUAAAAUUUUCUUGGGUUUGAAAUAAAGAGACAUUCUUGUGAAACAUGGAAUUUUUUUUUCUCCUUCACCACGUGGGAAUAUAAGCUUAAUCACAUCGUCGUGGGAUCCACAAACCCGAUAAGAUUUUAGUAUAUACUUCAAAGUACUCUCCCACACGCAUCUGAAACCCCUUGCGUGGUCAGUGGUUGAAGGAAAAUAUGAUUUUUUUGAGAGUGACCAGUGCAAAUUAUACAAUACAUACAAACCUUAUUUAUAUGUCCAUAAUAUCUUGAUAUUGUUACAGGACUUUCAUUUAGCUUUAAUCCAUUGUAAGAAAACAAACAUGAACUCUUCACAGCAGGCUGCUACCAUGACUUCAAAUUGGAAGAAUAAUGGCGGUGACGAGCACCGUUGGGUCAUUCGAAUCCGUAGAAUCUUCGAGGAAGAGCUUGAAGAUGAUGAGGUUGAGUUCCCAGUAUGUAUCUUCAAUGUCCCUAAAACUCUAUUAUCUGUCAAGCCAGAUUGCUUCAUUCCUCACCAAAUUGCAAUAGGCCCAUACCAUCACUGGAGGGAGGAGCUCUAUGAGAUGGAAAGCCACAAGGUUGCUGCAGCAAGAAGAGCCCAAAGACAAUUCCAGAGCCUAAAAUUCGAAAACCUCGUCGAAGAAAUGAAGAAACUCAUGCCAAAGAUCAGGGGUUGCUACAAUAAGUACCUUGAUUUAAGUGGUGAAACACUAGCAUGGAUGUUAGCUGUGGAUGCAUGCUUCUUGCUUGAAUUCCUCCAAAUUUAUGCCAUCAAAGAAGGCAAAGUCCAAACAGAAGUUCAUGCAGGCAAGAAAUUUACUAAUUAUGUUAUGCUUAGAGAUAUAGUGAUGCUUGAAAACCAAAUCCCACUGUUCCUAUUGAGAAAGGUCUUAGAACUCCAGCAUUCCUCCCUGGAAGCAGCAGAUGAAACACUCAAUGCCUCUUUAAUUGGUUUAUGCAAAGAGGUAUCUCCAUUCAAGAUGAUGAAUCUCUCAAGCAUCCAAUCCACAGAGCAUUCACACUUGCUAGAUAUUUUGUACCACAUGAUUGUGCCCAAAUCUGAAGAACAACCCGAUUUCGCCAUUGAAGUCUGUGAUGGACUAGCUGUUCUUACCGUCGACGACAUUGUAGAUGAGAUCAAAGGCUCAAAUCAAGUAAAGAAGAUCGCGAAUUUGAUCUGGAAACCACUAUCCAAAUUAACAGAAGGCACUGUAAGUACUGUUAAAAGAGUACUAAUUUCCACACCUGCUAAUUUCUUUUCUAAAUUACCUGGGUUUUCCAUCCUAAAGCAGCCUUUAGAAUUAUUGUUUACCAAAACUAAAGCUGAAAUCAUAUCUGAGUAUGAGGGUUCAAGUUCAACCAACAACAUCCACAAGCCUCCUUUGAUAGAGGAAAUCACGAUCCCUUCAGUGACUGAACUCUACAAUUCCGGUGUCCAAUUUGCAACCAUAAAAGGGGGUAUCACAUCCAUUAGCUUCGACACGAAAUCAUUCACACUUUACCUCCCUACUGUUACUAUAGAUGUUAACAGUGAAGUGAUAUUAAGAAACUUGGUUGCAUAUGAAGCAUCAAAUGUAUCAGGACCAUUAAAUUUUACGCGAUACACAGAAUUGAUGAAUGGUAUUAUAGACACCAAGGAGGAUGUGAAACUGCUUAGGGAGAAAGGGAUUAUUCUGAACCAUCUGAAGAGUGAUGAAGAAGUUGCUAACCUUUGGAAUGCAAUGACUAGAUCAGUGAGAUUAACAAAAGUUCCCUUCUUGGACAAGGUAAUUGAAGAUGUGAACAAAUAUUAUAUAGGUACAUGGAAGGUCAAGAUAGCAAACCACUUGAAAAGGUAUGUGUUUGAUUCAUGGCAGAUCCUGACACUCUUAGCAACUAUUCUUCUGUUGUUGAUGACAACUCUUCAAGCAUUUUGCUCAGUCUAUAGCUGUGGCCGCGUUCUACAUAUUGACUCAACUAUCAAUCACUGAUUCAUAGUGCUGUGCCUGCAGCAAAUAUGAUAAUUUUUUUUUUUAUUCUUGUUCUUAAUUUAUCAAUGUUUGUUCAUCUCAGUUCAUUAAAUUCUAUUUGAAA